AUGACUGUCGCUGAUGCCCGCUCCUGUCCCGCACAAGAGCAGCUAGAAGCAAAGCCUCGACAUCAACGCCAGGUAUCUGAUGUAUCUAUUUCAAGCAUCCCUGAGGCAAUUACAUCAAACAUACCAACGAGUAACGGGAAAUCACUAAUUCGCCGCUGUUGUAUAAGCUGUCGACAGGCCAUGUGGUCGCACAAGGUCUGGAUGUGCUUCACUGCCUCUACAUGGGGAUUCCUGUCAAGCGUGGAAAGGGCAGUAAUACUCCCCACUCUGUGGCUUUAUCUGAAAGGAUACUGGGGCCUGGAGGCAGCGACUAUGUAUUACGGAGUAACGAUGGCUGCGUUUAGCUUAUCAAUUCUCGUCAUGACUCCUGUGUAUGGCUGGGCUUCCUACGCUGGGAUUCGAGUUAAAACGUUGCUUCUCUUAGCAAAUCUAUUAGAGAUUAUUGGGAAUACCAUCUAUCUGUUUGCUGGAUCACCAAUGGCUGUACUGAUUGGAAGGUUGAUCUCUGGAAUCGGAGCGAGCUGCGAACCGCCUCUAUACGCUGAUAUUGUCCGAGCAACCCACCGUGAUGAGCGUACUACUUAUAUAAUCAUUUUGCUCCUAACCCGUCAAAUUGGCCUAAUCUUUGGACCCUCCUUCACGCUAAUGAUGGACAAGAUGGAUUAUCACGUGGCAAAUAUUACUGUGAGUGUGUACAACGGUCCUGGCCUCCUGAUGGCCAUUCUCUGGAUUAUCCAUUCCUUGGUUAUCAUAGUAUCGUAUCCAAAUGUGGAUAAGAAUGGACGAUUAGUCGUCACCGAAGGAACCUCAGGCUGUCGGGCUCUAUGUGACCCCCGAUAUUGGUUUGACCACACGGGGUCUUCUGAAGAUCUGCAACCGAUGCUUAUCGAGAAACAGGACAUCACACCCAAUCGUCCCGGGGUGCAGAUUCGCGGUGUCUCCCUCAAAACCUACUGUACGUACCCCAUUCUUUCGUUGUAUGCGGUCACAUUUGCCACCUAUUUCUGCUUCAUGGGCCUAGAGGCCGUUUUACCUCCGGUAGCCAAUCGUAUUUUCGGUUGGUCUGAAGUUCAAACCAGCUAUGUUUACCUGGCUGCAAGCGUGCUUAUAAUAUUUGUCGUCAUCGUGCUUCGAAUCCUGAACAGUUUUUACACGGACCGUGUCCUUCUGUUAUCUGGUCUUAUCAUUAUGGUUUUGUCCUACCUGUGGUUAAGUACUGUGGUUUAUUUUCUGCCCAACAUGGAUAAAGCUCUUGGUGUGACAUUGCUACUCAUCGGUAUCGCCAUCCAUGUGGUCGGAUUACCCUUUGCUUUUGCCUACUCUGAAUCAUUGUAUACUAAAGUGGCGCCGGUUGCAGAUAUGGACCGGGCUCAAUCUAUCUUCCGUACGGUUUUAAAUGUGGCGUUUUUGAUCGGUCCGUAUGUUGGCGGAACCUUGAUAAACACUCCUGCGCUCGUGUUCAUCAGCAUGUCCCUGAUUUCCCUCUUGCCGAUGUUGCUUGUAAUGUAUCGAUUCCAUGAUUUCAACGUUUCCGACCGGCCACUCGUUUCUUCGGAUAUGGAUGUGGAAGUGGCUAAAGAGAGCUGA